AUGGUCCCUCUUCGCAGACCCUCCCAGCGCGGGCGGCGUAGCCUCGAACACGACCGUGAUCCCUUCGAAUGGCAGGAGGCGCCCGACACGCCCAUGAUGACCGCGACCUUCCCCAUCCACCCCCUGCCGUCGAUGCAGGCCGCCUUCGAGGAGUCAAUGCUUGACGCGACGGGCGAGACGGGCUUUGUGCCUUUCAAGACUCCUGGCAGAGGCGUCAAGACUCGCCAGCAAUUGCUUUGCAGGGAAGCUGAUGCCGAGGAACUCUCCUACAACUACACGUACAGCUGCCAUCGGCGUCAUCACCCCAAGCGCAAACACCACCCCUUGCUGAAGACAAUUGCCCAGAUCGUCUUCGGCGUCCAUCUGCUGCACCAGCACCUCGAGAAGUCGACCGCCGAUGUCGCCGAUAUUCUCCUGAAGCAUGUCAAUGAGCUCGACAGCUUCCUGCAGCGCGCAAACGAGGAUCUUGAGCAGAGCUUGAAGGACAUGCUCUUUCGGCACAAGUGCUUGCGAGUACCAAUGGAACACGUCAACGAAUUCGACCGCCUUCUCGAUGACCGCGCAUACCGUGCUUCGCUGCUGGACGGAAACAUCACCAUUGAACGAACCAUCAACCGCAUGUCGCAUUUGCUCAACGACUACCUUAUCGAUAUAAGCAUUUAUCGCGAUGCGAACCAAGAGCUUGAGCUCUACCUGCGCGAUAUUGGCGACGAAUGGGCGUAUCGCAAUGAAGACGUCGGGCGCAUAUACUCGGCCAUGUGCGGUAAUACAAGCGGCUGGGCCCAAUUCCUGCAGAGCUUAGUGACGAAAGCAGAGCGACUUGGAACAGUACUUGUACAAGUCAGUAGCUACUGCAAUGAGAUUGAGAAGCGCUGCGGUGCUGCCAGUCGACGCAGCCUGCCCGAAUACCACCACGAAGCCUGGCACAGCGAAGAACAACGUAAGGCUGCCGCACAACCCCAGACAGAGCCGAGUCGUACCAGCCAUAAGCACGGUCACCGGCGCUCGUCCCAGAAAGAAGGGGAUAGUCCGCCCAUGACAGCAAAGGACUCAGCUUACUCUUCAUUGUCAGGAGCUUCGAUCGUGUCGCCAGCUAGCACUGCGCCUCCACGUUCAGCGUCGUCGAGCGCUCAAUUUGGCCUGUUUCCAAGCAGUGCCCGGCAUACCCCCAAACAGUCGAUGUCUGGCAAAUUCGGGGGUGCUGCGACACCUUCGAGUUCGAACUUACGAUCUGUGAAGUCUGCCGAACCACCAGAUAGGCCACCAACUUCUACCAGUGUUUAUUCAGAGACAACCAGCAAGAGGCUGCUCAAGAGAAGCAGUCUACAGUCGCUCAGGCGUUUCUUCACCAAGAAGAAGAACGACAUACAUACCAUUGCGGAGUGA